AUGAGAGUUCCAUUCCUGUUGCUUUCCUCCCUGUGGGAUUUUCUCUGGUCCGGGAUCCGGCGAGCCAUGGCCUUCUCCUACAUGUCGAAGUCUUUUUUCAAAAUGAAAGACCCAGCCAUCAUCAAGGACCGCUGGAGCACGCAUGCCGGCGUGAUGGUUCAUCUCGACGGGUUUUGGUGUGUAGACGAGUCGAGCGAGAUUACGCGGUGGAAAAUGCCCGUGAACGACGUGAAAUCAGGCGCGGAAUGCGAGCAGGACUGUUUGUUGGAACGGAGCUGCGAGGUGUGGCAGUGGGACCGGCUGCGCAAAAUUUGCCACCACGGGGCACCACAAAUGAAAAACAUCACGAAAACCGAGCAGGUUAAGGUAAACAGGGAAAAUGCGAGGUGGGACAAUGCUGACUUGCCGGCACAGCUCCGGCAAGUGGAUCUGGCGAAAAUCUCCUUGCAUGAAGUAGAGAAAAACAAAAGUUCAUCUCGUCUUGCCGCUUUCGGCUUCUCUUCUGACCUGAUGCAGACGGACGCGUUUUUGUCAGAAACGCCAGAGCACCGGGCCGUCAUGCAGGAGCGAGGCGCCGAGCCGAACCCGCUCGCCGCGUGCAUGCGCGGGCCGCACC